AUGGCUAGUGUCUAUAUUUUUCUUAAGUUAUUUUUUAUUACCAGCAUAUCAUAUACUGUUACGGGAAUACCAUUGGGUUCAAAUGUACAUUGUGCAGUUCGACGAGAAAUAUCACCAUGCACCUGCCGCUAUGAAGAUCCACCACCUUUGAGAAGUUCAAAAGUAAUUAAUGUUGUAUGUGAAAGUAUGACAAGUUUCCAACAAGUUGUUACAGCUCUUCAAGGGAAAUUUGAAACUGACGUUGACAUCAUUCUCAAAAUAAGCCAUUCUUCAUUAGAUGAUCUUCCUCAACUAUCAUUUCAACAAAUGGGCAUCACCAUUCAGCAGUUGAGGCUACAAAAUGAUAAUUUAAGUGCCAUUCCAGAAUCUGUGUUUUCAGGAAUGGGCAAAGCAGAACUUGUAAGUUUAUCAGACAACGCCUUGACAGCCAUUCCACAAAAUGUUCUCAGAUUGAUGCCAAGAUUAAAAACGUUGGAUAUUUCGAGGGGAGGCAUUGCUAAUAUAACAUCAACUGAUUUCCUGGGGCUGCCCACACUUUCAACUCUUAUAUUGUCUGCUAAUAAUGUUAGCUUGUUGGAAGCAAAUUCACUUCCAGCAACAAUUAAUAAACUGCACAUUGGUGGAAACAGGAUAAGGAGUCUUAAUGGCACACUAAGGUGCCUUACGGAUCUUGAAUGGGUGUUCUUGAAUAACAAUCAGUUAGAUAAUUUAGAAGGGGAGCUGCCUGAAGUAAGGCCUAACAAGAGGCUGACGAUGCUUCAGGCCAGCAACAACAGAAUUGGCAGCAUGCCUCAGGAACUCAAGGACUUUACGGCGUUGGAUAUUCUCAGUUUGGGGAGCAAUAAAAUCAAAUAUCUCGGAGGGGCCAUAGCCAACGCAAAGAAAUUGAAAAUCCUCGAAUUAUACAACAAUCAUCUUGAAAGAUUGGAAACCGGGGACUUUGCCAACUUGGAGAAUCUAGAGGACUUGGAUCUUCAGUACAAUUUUCUAACACAUCUUAACAAGUCCUUGCUACCAUUGAAGAACCUGAGGAGAGUGAAGCUAUCUUACAACCGGUUGACUGUUUUUAGUCCAAGUGAAAUCAGAGGUCUCAUGAGGCUCAAAUUCGCAGAUUUUUCUCACAACUUAAUUAGUGAAAUAUCGGCCAAAGGAGAGAAUUGGGUCGAGCCUAGCGCGAAAGUUGACGAACUGCGACUGGAAUUCAACAACUUGAAGACCCUGGAAGGAUCGAUCGGACUGCAGAUCGUCGGUCUCACCAAACUCAACAUCAGCCACAACCUGCUGGAGAGCAUUGGGCCCCAGGGCUUCGAGGGCUUGAAGGAGCUCAAGUGCCUCGACAUCUCCCACAACAAGCUCCUCACCCUGAGCGAUGCAGCCCAAACGAUACUCGUUUCAUUAGAAGACCUGAGAGCAUCCUUCAACUUUAUCACACAUUUAGAAAAAGACUUUCAUGGCUUCCCUCAACUCUGCUGGGCUGAUAUGUCUUAUAAUCAAAUCGAGGACAUAAGCAAUUCGCUUUUGGAUCACACCCAAUGCACAUACCACGGUGUUAACAUGACCCUGAGGAUAUACUUGCAAGGUAAUCAUGGGAUUUGCAAUCUGCAGAUAAGUGAAAAAAUUAUGAAAAUUCAAAAGCAAAGAGAUGUCGAAAUGCAUGGGCUUACUGAUUGUCAACAUGCUAACAGCACACAAAUUCACGUAGCAUCAAGUUUGCUGGUAUGA